UGGGAAGAGAUUAGUGGUGUUGAUGAGCAUUAUACUCCAAUCAGAACUUACCAAGUGUGCAAUGUUAUGGAUCAUAGUCAAAACAAUUGGCUGCGAACAAACUGGAUUCCACGCAAUUCAGCUCAGAAGAUAUAUGUGGAGCUCAAGUUUACCUUGAGGGACUGUAAUAGUAUCCCUCUAGUUCUGGGCACUUGCAAAGAGACCUUCAAUCUGUAUUAUAUGGAGUCCGAUGAUGACCAUUUGGUAAAGUUCAGAGAGCAUCAGUUUACAAAGAUCGACACCAUUGCGGCCGAUGAGAGCUUCACCCAGAUGGAUCUUGGGGACCGAAUUCUCAAGCUGAAUACGGAAGUCCGCGACAGGAAAGGCUUUUACUUGGCUUUUCAAGAUGUAGGUGCGUGUGUUGCCUUAGUCUCGGUGCGAGUGUACUUCAAAAAGUGCCCUUUCACUGUCAAGAACCUCGCCAUGUUUCCAGAUACGGUACCCAUGGACUCCCAGUCACUGGUGGAGGUGCGGGGUUCUUGUGUCAAUCAUUCCAAGGAGGAAGAGCCACCCAAGAUGUAUUGCAGUACAGAAGGAGAAUGGCUAGUGCCCAUAGGGAAGUGCUUGUGUAAUGCUGGCUAUGAAGAAAGAGGCUUUGCGUGCCAAGGCAAGUCCUGGGGACCUACUAGGAGCCCACCAAACCAGAGCCCACCAAAUCAUAGCCAGGUCGUUGUGAAAACUAUUGCUCCAGUUAAGGUGACUUUUUCUCAGAAAAUGCCAGGGAGGUGUGGGAGGGAAGAGAUGCCAGUUCCUGGCAGGUGUGUUGAGCCGAGGUGCUCGCCCGGCAGCUCUGUCCCCUGCAGCGCAGUGGCGCUCCUGAGAUGGCGGCAGGCACAAGGCCGCCCCGCCGUCCUCUGGGGAGGCGGCUUGGUGGCUCCUGCGGUGCGGCGAGCCUGGAUGAUCACAUCCCCAGGACUGCUGAUUGCACAGCUGUUGCGGGUCGCCGUGCAGCUGAAGGCAAUGGCUCCAGGUGGUCGAGGGUGCCAUGGUCCGGUGCUGCCCUGCUCCACACCUGAAUUCCCACCUUCUCCUCAGGUGGAUCUUCUGGGCUCUCCUGCAAGCUCCUCUGUCACUUGCUCUCGUACUUUGUACAAAGGAAAAUCAGUCAUUCAAGAGGAAAUGGAAUCAAAUAAAAUUGAACGUAAAA